UGUUGUUGUUGGCUUCCACCAAUUAGUCAACUACUUUCCCUGAUCCAGCUCAGCUUCGCCUUCCCAAGCUCCAGUCUUCCCCAGUCCACUCCAUCUCCAACCCCCACGAGCUCCCUAAACUAUUCCAAAAGCUGUUCUCGUUUCCAUUACUCAAAACAAUUUCUGACCCCAUUCGCAUCUGGGGCUCUGAGCCUGCGCAGUCGAGCUCAAGAACUAGGCAAGCAAGAAACCAUCGAGAAGGAAGGGAGGAAGCCAGAUGGCACCAAGAAAUGCAAGAACGAUGCUCGAUGAGGACGGAGCGGUGGAGGCGGAUGUCCUCGUCGGCGAGCCGGAGCCGCCGUGCUGCGGCGGCGGGGGGUUGUGGGGGGUGGUCCUGGAGCCGGUGCGGUGGGUGCGGAUGCUAUGCCGGGAGCUGGGCGCGACGUUCGUGGCUGGCGUGGUGCUGGUGUACGGGCUGAGCCAGGGGUUCGCCGGCUCCUUCUUCCGGGUGGCAUCGGACUACUACUGGAAGGACGUGCAGCGGGUGCAGCCGGCCACCGUGCAGUUCCUCUCCGUCUUCUUCUACGUGCCAUGGGUGCUCAAGCCGCUCUGGGGGGUCAUGACCGACGUCUUCCCCGUCCGCGGAUACCGCCGCCGCCCCUACUUCCUCUUCUCAGGAAUACUCGGAACCAUUUCAGCUGCUAUUGUUGCCACGUUUACAGGAUUACCAGUGAGUUCCGCUGUACUUUGCUUCGUGGGAAUCUCAACGGCAGUUGCCAUUGCUGAUGUAACAAUAGAUGCAUGCAUUGCAAAGAACAGUAUCGAUAAGCCAGCAUUAGCUCCAGACAUGCAGAGCCUUUGUGCAUUCUCAUCAUCUCUAGGUGCACUUAUUGGGUAUGCUACAAGUGGCAUGUUUGUCCACCAUCUUGGGGCACAGGGUGCAUUAGGUAUGAUGGCUUUACCUCCUGCUAUGGUGGUUUUCCUUGGAUUUUUCAUAUAUGAGCUGAGAACAUAUCAACAUAAUGUGAAAGAGAAGGUCUUGAACAAGGUUAGUGGGGCAGUGAAAGGUAUGGUUGGGACUAUGAAGUAUCCAGUAGUGUGGAAACCAUCUCUAUACAUGUUCCUUUCGCUUGCUCUGAGUAUCAGCACCCAUGAAGGGCAGUUCUACUGGUACACUAACAAGACACCACCCAAUCCUGGAUUUUCGCAGGAGUUCGUUGGGCUGGUCCACGCCAUCGGCGCGGUGGCGUCCAUGGUGGGCGUGCUCAUCUACCACAAGUGCGUCAAGGACUACCCCUUCCGGAGCCUCCUCUUCUACGCGCAGCUUCUGUACAGCGUGUCGGGCCUCCUGGACCUCACCUUCGUGCUCCGUUGGAACCUCACGCUCGGCGUCCCCGACGCGGCCUUCGUCACCCUGGAGGAAUGCGUCUCCCGCGUCGUCGGCCGCGUCCGGCUGAUGCCGAUGAUGGUGCUGAGCACCAAGCUGUGCCCGCCCGGCGUGGAGGGCACCUUCUUCGCGCUGCUCAUGUGCAUCGACAGCCUCGGCAUGCUGGUCGCCAAGGCCGCCGGCGCCGUCGUGCUGCGCGUGCUGCACGUAACCAGGACCGACUUCGGGAGGCUCUGGCUCGCCGUGCUGGUCAGGAACCUGCUGAGGCUUGCCACGCUCGGCGCCAUCUGCCUCGUGCCCACGGCGGACCAGACUGACGUGCUGGUGCCGCGCGAGCUCCUGAGUUCGGUGGCGGCGGUGGACGACGAGGAGAAGUUGCAGCUCGCGAUGCUUACUUCACACACUGACGAUGCAUGAUCCACGUUGCUGUGUACAAAAGGAAAUGGAUGAAUUGAGCAAUGGACUCAGGUGCAUACAGGUUUCAAAAGCCGUUUUCAAAAGUUCCCCGCCCGUUGCUGGUCCAAUCCCGGUCACAUAACUAUUUCUCUAAAAGUUUCAGCAAUUCUCAAGGAGAGUUAUGAGUAGGGAUGGCAAUUGGAUUUACUAGCGCAUCAACUCGUGCAACUGUACAGACUAGAAAUUUAGCUUACGGUUGAAUUGUAGAUAUUUGUAUUAAUAAUGGUUGUAUAUUAAGAUACAUCAACUAUUUAUAUUUAA